AUGCCCAAAUUACUACCGAACAAAAGGAUCGAAUACCGAAAAAACGACGGCAAGAUUCAUUACAUAGAUAUAGUGUACUUACCGAACAAAAUAAAACAAUCUCAAAAAGAACCCAACGAGCCUGAAUACAUAGCUGCUAGUAAAUCAGGGAAAAUUGUUCGUUACAAGUCAGACAUGCAAUGGAAAACUACACACCAAACUGUUACGAAUUCAUCACCGAUCGAGGUAAACGGUCUAGUGGGGCUGCCGGAGUUCACAGUCAUUUGCUUGUCGGUCGUGGGCGGCCAACUGUUGUUCUACGACAUGUCGUCGGGCCAAUUCAAGCUGUGCUUCAUCGUCGAUUUAUGGGAUCGCACGUUUGCCACUCAUCUCGCGUACGUGCACACGUACUGCGAGCGCAGUAAGACCGGUUCGUCUAAGAUAGCGGUCGGCGACGAAGGCGGCGGCGUGAGCGUGCUCGAGUUCAUGUCGUCCGACAAGCGGAACCCGUUCAAGGACAAGUCGGACGACGCCAACGAGAAGCAGACGUACAAUUUUGAAGAGCUCGUGGUCAGGACGACCACGGAAUCGUCGGCCAAGAGUCGGCUGCCGUUCUGCGCGUACAGAUAUAAGGGGCUGCACUCCGAGAAGGUCGAGCAAGUGGUGUUCUACAACAACGGCAGAUCGUUCGCGUCUGUGUCGAUGUCGAAUCGCAAGUCGAUGGCCCGAUGUCUCAUAAUGUCGGAGCCAUGCGAAGUCCACAGUUCGUCGCGGCCAUCGCAGUCAACGCCGUCGCAGCCGACCAACACCUUGCCGUCCAUCCGUUACACGUCAAACGUGAUGGGGUUCUCUUGCGUGUGCGCGAUCCGUGACACGCACUUGGCCACUGGCAGCAUGGACCAGACUGUGAGGCUGUGGGACGUCACCGGCCAAGUGUUGGGCCCCGCGGACUGCACCACGUUGUUGGGCCACAAGUGGGGCGUAAAGUGCGUGUCUCACAACACGGUCAGCGGAUACCUGUACUCCGUGUCCACGGAGUGCGUGAUCAAGGUGUGGGACCUGGGCAGAAACACGUGCCUGUUGACGUUUACCGGGCUCACAGUGGCUGUGAAACCGAACAACAGUCAAAAUUGGCUAUUCCCCGUUAUGCACUUCAACUGGCUCGAUCAGACCAUCAUAAGCGUGGGUGGAGAUGACAUGUCGUUCAUUACCGUCGAGUGUAGCAAACCGACGGUCACCGAUCAGGAGGUGUCUCGCCCGCACGACGGGACGACAUGGCCACACAUAUCAAAGACCCGCCCGGUAAACGUUUUACAAUUUAAGAUACCUGCAGACAUCCAACGGCAAACUUCAUUCACUACGAUUCAAGUUUUGAAGGACGGCGUCAAUUCAAGUUUACGGUCACCAGCAAUAUGGGACAAACUAGAACUGUUGAGACAGCAACGUGACAUACGAGGGAAAAAAGGCAAGAGGAAACUACAUGACCAAAAGUGCCCGGAUCUACCGCUUCACGAUAUACACAAGGAAUUUUUGAAACCUAAAACGACGUUGAUCAGGCGUCCAGUAACAAUAAAGAUAGACGAAUCGAAGCCUAGAGUAAAGAUUCAUAAACAUAUUCCGUUGCGCGAACUCGAUACUAUCACAAACAUGCCCAAGUUGAAAACGACAAAACAAGAAACCGCCACUCCUAGAGCAAAACUUGUUUUUUCCAAAAAAUAA